CGGGUGCACCGGCAGUCGCAUCUGACUUGUACACUCCAGAGGUCCCGGGCAGACGCGUCAUGGCGCGGACUCAUUGAUAAAAAAAAAAAAAAAAAUCAGUGGUGCUGGGAUUAAAAUGAACUCUCCUGCUGAGCGGCUCUCCUCCUCCUCCUCCUCCUCAUCGUCUUCCUCCUCCUCUUCCUCCUCAGCGCUGCCUUCUCCCUGCUCAAGAUCUUUUUUAUGUGACUCCAGCAGGCGACGCAGGAUGACUACUACCUUACCGCUGGUGAUUUUGUGCGCUCUGGUGGCGUUAGUGUCGUCAUCUAAGACGGAGCGGGCGGUGCUGCUCCCCUGUGACUCCGGCAAGUACACAAGCAACGGGGAGUGCUGCAUGGAGUGUCCACCUGGAGAGGGCGUGGUGAAGAAAUGCGGAGCCACUCAGACUGUGUGCGCCCAGUGUUUGGACAGUGAGACUUUCUCAGAAAACUACAGCCACACAGAGCAGUGCAUGCCGUGCACACAAUGCACCGGCCUGAUGCGGCUGGAGACGCCCUGCACUGACUCCAACGACGCCAUCUGCAUCUGCAACUACAACUUCUUCUUCAACGCCUUAUCUGAACGCUGUGAGCCAUGUACUGUGUGCCCGAUGGGACAAGGUGUGUUCAGUCACUGCGAGCACGAUCACGACACGGUGUGCGAGGAGUGUCUCGACGAUACCUUCUCUGACCGGGAGAGCUCCCUGGAACCCUGCCUGCCCUGCACCAUCUGUGAUGAGGACACUGAGAUACAGCUGGCUGAGUGCACGCCCACCAGUGACUCAGUCUGUCACAAUCCUAACCAACCCACAGAUAUAAUUCCCACCUCUGACAUGGGUCCGUCACUGCCGUCAUUCACCAAUUACUUCCCCCCAGAUGGCUCCGACAGCCCGUUGCCUAGCGGAGAGACGACCACGUCAAGUGCCGGCUCCCCUCAAUUCCUCGGCCACGGCCUCAACGAAAACCUCAUCCCUAUCUACUGCUCCAUCCUGGCCGCAGUGGUGGUGGGCCUGGUGGCGUACAUUGUUUUUAAGAGGUGGAAUAGCUGCAAGCAGAACAAGCAGGCAGCAAAUAACCGAGCGGCCACGAACAACCAGAUGGUGACGCCGGAGGGAGAGAAGCUGCACAGCGACAGCGGCAUCUCGGUGGACAGUCAGAGUCUGCAGGAGCAGCAGCAGCACCAGCAGCAGCAGCAGGCCCAGGCUGAAGUCCAGACUCAGCCGUCACACUUACACACACAGGAACAGAUAGUGGUGAGGGUGGAUGGCGGCCCCCAGCCCGACUCACCUCCCCCUGAAGUCUGAGGAGGACGAAGGGGAGAAAAGGGGGCAGCAUCAGAGCAGAAGGCAGGGAAGAGGAGAGCGUGGACCUGGACCCUGGACCAAAACCAGAGCAGGGAGGGAGGGGCGGCACACACUGCAGAGAAACUGACUCUGAUUCUCAUCUGAAGUGGCCACAAAGCAAAGAGUUGACUUGCAUGGACCUCCCAGCGGCUUUGAACCUCAGUCCGACUCUUCAUCCCUGCGUAUAGAGUCCGACUCUAUCUAUCAGUGUGCCUGGACACAACCUCUACAGCAAUAUCAUUCACUUUCUGUACCAACGCCCCUGCAGAGACAUUAUACUAGAUAUGCCAGUGCAUCCUGCUUUUAACUGAAUACUCCAGUAUCUAAUGUUGACAUUUAACAUCAUUCUCUCUAACUGCCAGUUAAGCUUUCCAUCUUCUCCGCCAUGAAACAUAUGUGCCUGGAAAGUAAAUAGGCAGAAAGGUACUCCAUUAUCUCCUCUUUCUUUUCAGCCUUUAUUCCCCUCGCACAUAUUCCUCCAUGGCUCCCCACCCUCUCUCCAUCGGGUUUCGCUCUAUUAGGCCCCCGCCGUCAUACAGCAACCAGCGGGGGAGCUGUGACUCACUCCCAACUUCCUCUGAAGUUCCAUGAUCUGUUAUCAUUUAACCACUGACAUGCUUCAUGACGUUUUGUCUUAAAAAGUGUUUGCAUCAUUGUCUGAGAUGCAACUGACUCAUGUUCGGGGAGAAAGGUUAAUCACAUCCAAGUCUGCAGCAGCAAAUAACCAGUUUGUCUCAGCGAGAUGCUUGUUCCUGCACUUUGUCGUCUAUGUCGACUCUGUCACACACCCAAAAUGAUUUGUCUCUUGUUUGUGGGGCAUUCAUUUCAUUCUGCGGCUACGUGGCCGAUUCAGCAGCAGUGCCUGGAGGUGCAAACAUCAGAGAAACAUUUCUGGACCGCGGUGCUCUGCUGGCUCUGGCGACGAGCUGACAUAAAGGGAAGCGAAGCUAUCUGAAAGGAGCUGGGACGUCAUCCGUCAGCCAGCUUACAAAGCUGCUCAUUGCACUGACACGUUAAUGAAUUUUGGACUGGAAAAAAAAAAAGACUGGAUAGGAAUCCCAUCUUUCAUAAUUUACAUUCACUAAGUGAAAAAUUGGGACACCCCUCAGAGGCUCGUUUCACCCUCCCCCCACCUCCAUCUCCGAAUUCUCAUCCUUGCAGUCUUGCGUACAGCUCCGUCUAUCGAGCCCAAUAAACUGUGUUAACAGCUCUCACGUCCACACAGGGCCCAUUAGAGAGACUUCCUGAUAGGCAGGUAGCAAUUACCUCAGGGUUUUAGCUUCAUUUAGCCUCUGCUCCACUCGGCUCAGCCACCUCUCAUCUGGAUUAAUGCUGCGGACAACGGAGGGGUGAUGCCGUCCCCCUUUGAAGCCUCGACACGACAUUAAAGAUCCCCCAUUCAAGACCGAGACCAGUGACAUUUACUAUAUCACCAUGGUGAAAUAAAAGCACUUAGUCCAGGCUUACUUCUUAGGCCGGAUGACACCUUUCAUCACACAGGUCCUCUUUCAUGCUGCCACCACCUGCUGCUUGCAGUAACUGUACAAGCAGUCGACAUAGAUACAUACUAAAUGAAGUAAACUGUAGCCGAGCUCGACAGCAAUGCUUUAGAGUUCAUUCCUAUGGAGGCACGUACCUUCUCAGGGUCCCUCGUAUUGUGGUAUGGUAAAAAAAUAAAUAAAAAAAGUCACGAGAUCCUCAGGGGGUCUCUGUAAACAAUUUGUAGAUGAUUCUGUAGCGGAAUGAUAGAGUAGGUAGGUAGACGGGCUUAAAGCAGAUGUUAGGUUAAGAAUAGAAUAGAAGAGAGUAGAAAGAUAGAAAGAUGAGGUUGAAAUGCAUGUACAUUUGCUUUCUGGAUGACUUAAAUGAGAAGAGUGAGACCACAGCCAGCUUAGCAUUUGGACAGAGAAUGAGGGGAAAAAAGCUCCCCUAGCUCUGUGGAAAGGUGCCUACCAGCACCUCGGAGGCUGAUAAAUGAACAUUAAUCAGUAUCUUUUAUAUUUAGUUGAAGAACAAAGGUGUCAAACACAACAGGUUAUGCUUUCUAAGGGAGGUUUACAUGCCAUAACUUAACCUGUGGCUGAGUCAUAUCAACUGACUCAUCCAACUUUCUCCAAGAAAGCAAAUAAAUUAGAGACGUAAGGUUUGUGUACAUUUUAGAGAGCAAUAGAUUGAUAAGACGCUUCAGUUAGAUAGCUGACGAUAAAGAUAGCGAGUCACUAUAUUCCGUAUGAAUCGGUCACAUGGUCAUCGACACCUCAAGACAACUGUCUCGUCUCUUCACAUGUCAUCCAUCCUGUAUCGCUGCAGCAGUCACAUGAAUGGAAACAAAUAUAACUGCUGUGUUUGGCUCACAGUUCAGAAGCGUUUGGUGUGGACAUGUGACCCCACACACACACACACACACACACACACNCACACACA